AAGAUAAGGCAAACUAACAUUUUAUAAAUAUAUAAUUAAACAAUAUAAAAAUUAAUCUGAUCCACAUGUCAAAAUUAAUAAAAUAAUAUAAAUUUUUUAUAUAAAGUGUUUAAAUUUAGAAAUAAAUUGUUAUUUGCUAUUAAAAUUGUUGGCAAUCUAACAAUGGUUCUUUAUGUUAUUAAAUAUGUUAACAAUCUAACAAUGAAUUUUAAAUCUAAUUCAAAUUAUAUAAAUAAAUAGUAUAUGGCAAAAAAAAUAUUGUCUCGGAUAAAUAUAUACUUGUUUUUCAACUAAUUUUUUUAUGCCGCAAAAAAAAUCUUAACAAGUUAUCAAGAAAUCAUGUUCAUCACGAGAAGAUAAAGCAUGUAGAUGUUAUGUACAACUUUGUGCGAGAGUUGGUGAGUGAUAAGUUCAUUGACGUGGUGAAGGUAGCUACUCAGCAUAAUCCUGCGGACAUCUUCACAAAGAUUCUACCGGUUUGGAAGAUAAGGGAGGUAUUAAGAUUUCUCAGGAUCACUGAGAACUGAGCGGUGAAGCUCGGAGAUAUGAAGCCAAAUGGAUUUACUCGGGAGAUAAGAAGCCGAGUGGGUUUACUCGGGGAUGAAUCAUGAGGCUGAAGAAGUUAGUUUCAUGAAGAGUUGACAGGAAGAGUCAACAAGAGAAGAAGGUGAUAUUCACAAGCUAUAAUACUGGAGGAGAUUUGAAGAAUGUGUCCAUGUAUUAUCAUUUAAAUUAAAUUAUAUACUAUAUAAAAUAUAUAUAAAUAUAUUAAUUUCAAAAUUUUCAUUAAAAAAUACUGAGAUAUUAAUAUUUUAACUAAAAAAUUUGUAUUGAAAAAUCUUAAAUUAAAAGUAUUGUGAUUAACGGUUUAAAUUUUUGUUACAUCACAUAUGCAAAUGUUAAUAAAAUCAUGAGUAGAAUAAAUAUUUAUAUUAAAAUAUGAUAUAUAUAUAUACCAAUAUCACUAAAGUUUAAUUAUAUACAUAUAAAGUAAAUAAAUGAUUUUUUAUUUAUUUACCAAAAACAUGAUUGUAAAUAAGGUAAUAGUUUUGAUUUAUGUGCUUACUCUAAUUUAUAUACUUUUAUACAAGUUAUUUUUUUAAAUAGGUGGUUUCUAAUAUGUUAUUUGAUCAUGACAAUCCGAGAAAUAUAAUUCUUCAAAUCAAAGUGAUUUUUAAUAUUGAAAGCACUAUAUAUAUAUAUAUAUAUUAUUUCAUUCAGAUUAAGUAAUUUAGUCUUAAUUUUUUUCUUCUAAAAAGCUUUCAAUGAAAUAUCACGACAAGAUUCUAAUCACUUCUUUUUGAGUUUUAAGAAAAAUUAAAGAUUUGAUCAUUUGUCUAAUAUUUUUGGGAAAUUGCCACAAAUAGCACAUUAAUUUUGGUGAUUUGUGUCAGCGGCAAAACUUAAUUUUCUUUUGUGCAUAUGAAGUCUUAAAAAUAAUUAAAAUGAGUUAUAAUACGUUAACUCUUCAACAACAAUGAUACAUUUAAGAGACAAAUAUUUUUAUAAUUCGUCAUUUUACAAUCAAUAAAGAUUGUAGUGUUUCACAAUGUUAAAAUUAUUUAAUGAACAAAAUUAGUAUAAAAAACUUAUCACGUGCAUGUGUGCGGAUUAUCAUCUAGUUUAUUUAAUUGAAACAUGGUCACAAUUUGAAAAUGACCUUUAGUCAUGUGUUAUAUUACAUAAAUGAUAAUAAUAAUUAAUGAAAACAAUUAAACUUCAUUAAGGUAAUUAUGAAAGCAAUAUUGUACUAUAUAUUAUCUACAUUAUCUCAUGUUUACAAACAACACAAUAAUUAAUUUUGUGUCCAAAAAAAAUGUAAAAUAUAGUCUACUUUUCUAAACCAACCUAUAAUUAAUAAAAAAAAUUAUGAUUACAAUUUUCUUAGGGUUUAUUUCAUUUAAAACACAAAAAAUAUUUAUCAAAUACAAAACAAGUUGAACAAAUAGAAUUAUCAUUUCGAUUAUAAACUAAGAAACAAUUAAUAAAUUUUUCGGCUAAAAUAAUUUCAUGUUUUGAAAGUGCAAAUCAAAAUUUAGUAUUGGUUAUAACAAAUACCAUACAUGUUCAUGGACUAACUACUAAACAUUAAAGCCUUUGUUCAAAAAAAAAAGGGACUACUAAACAUUACUGAAAUGAAGUCUCACGUGACGUUUCCAGUUUAUCAUCAUAAUUGGAUGUAACAUUUGUUAUUGACCAAACCCUAAGAAGGUAUCGAAAUAAAUAUGUGGAAGUAGAAUAGAAAAGUGCAAAUAAAUGUAAUUCAAGCCGUCUUCUUGACCAUGAGAAAGAGUCCUCCAAUACUUGCUUACCAUAUUUUUUGUUAUUUGUGUUGAAGAGAAAAAUACCGUAAGUUAUUCAAAACAAAACCUUCCUUUUUGAGAAAGAAUUCAAAGUAACCUUUAUGACAAAAAAGUGAAUUUUAAAUGAAAUGUAUGAACAGUUUUCUUUUUGUAAACGUGUUCUCUCAAGAAAAAAUUCUAUAAAUUAAGAUCCAGCGGUAAGAAAGUUUCAUAAAGCACAAAAACAAAACAAAAAAAGGACCCAAAUGAAAGAAGCUCUUUCUGUUUUGUGUCUUGCUCUUCUUGUUUCGGUUUCCGAAGCAGCAGUCACGAAACCAGGUAUUGGAGAAUUCCUCGGAUGUCUUCGUUCUUGGCCUAGUCCCGAAUCUCCAAUCACCGAUGAUAUCUUCACUGCCGAUAACACCACCACCUUCUUGUCUUCUUACUUGGCUUACACGAAAAACACGAGGUUCGCGAGCCCUAACUACCAAACGCUGAUGGCCAUCGUCACGGCAAAAAACCUAUCUCACAUUCAAGCCACGGUGGUAUGCGCAAAGUCCAACGGUGUCCAGAUACGUAUCCGAAGCGGAGGCCAUGACUACGAGGGGCUAUCAUACAUCUCCUCAGUCCCAUUCGUCAUUCUCGAUCUGUUCAAUCUCAGGUCUAUAACCGUUGACGUGCCAAGCAAGCAAGCUUGGGUUCAAGCUGGUGCCACAUUGGGAGAGCUCUACACAAAGAUCAGCGAGGCAGGCGAAACGUUAGCGUUUCCUGCUGGCGUAUGCUCUACCGUAGGAGCUGGAGGACACAUAAGCGGUGGAGGAUACGGGAACCUCAUGAGAAAAUACGGACUCACGGUGGACCAUGUCGUUGAUGCACUUAUAGUUGAUGUUAACGGCAAGCUCUUGAAUAGAUCUACCAUGGGAGAAGAUCUCUUCUGGGCGAUUCGAGGUGGUGGUGGUGGGAGUUUCGGAGUCAUCCUCUCUUGGAAAAUAAACCUAGUCGAUGUUCCAGAGAUCUUGACGGUGUUUAGGGUUAACAAAACAUUGGAACAAGGUGGAAUCGAUGUUCUCUACAAGUGGCAGCUUGUCUCAUCUAAACUCCCUGAAAGUCUUUACGUCAAAGCAAUGUCUCAGGUCGCCAAUGGUACGAGAUCCGGGGAGAGAACCAUCGCGGUUUUAUUCUAUGCUCAGUUCUUGGGUGGAGCCAAUGAGCUUGUGUCAAUAAUGAACCAAAGCUUACCUGAGCUAGGGUUAAAAAGCCAAGAUUGUCUAGAAAUGAGCUGGCUUAACUCAACGUUGUUUUGGGAAGACCUGCCUGUCGGUACACCGACAAGCAUUCUUUUGGACAGACCGUCCAAGCCCGAAAAGUUCUUUAAGAGCAAAUCGGAUUAUGUCAAGAAACCAAUCCCAAAAGAAGGAAUCGAGAAGCUUUGGAAUGGAAUGUUGAAAAUCAACAAUAAUAUUGUGUAUAUGCAUUGGAACCCUUACGGUGGCGUGAUGGACACGAUUCCUGCGACCGCAACACCGUUUCCUCAUCGGGAAGGGAACUUGUUCAAGAUUCAAUAUUAUACGGCAUGGUUUGACGCAAACGCCACAAAGGGUAGUUUGGAUAUGAUGAAGGAGUUAUACGAAGUUGCGGAACCGUAUGUGUCAAGUAACCCGAGAGAGGCGUUCUUGAAUUACAGAGACAUUGAUAUUGGGAGCAAUCCGAGUGGUGAGACAACAGUUGAUGAAGCUGAGAUCUAUGGUUCGAAGUAUUUCGUGGGGAAUUUAAAGAGGUUGAUGGAAGUUAAAGCCAAGUAUGAUCCUGAGAACUUUUUCAAGAACGAGCAGAGUAUUCCUCCUGCUCGUGUGAAGCAGUAGUGUUACUUUUUUCAAAUUUGAUUUAUAAUAAGUUAUGUGGGCAUGUGUUAGAGGCCAAUAUAUAGCAUAUAUCGUUUUCUUUAUUGUGCCAUUUGGCAUUAUGAUCAUUCUGUUAUAUUUCUAGUUAAAAAAAAUAAAUAAAUCAUUCUGUUAUAUUUAUUCAUUACUCAGUAAAGAAUUUCACGAAAUCGAUUUUCCACAAAUAUUUGGAAACAUCUGUUUUUAAACUUUUACUAGGUGUUUGCGUGCAAUUUUGCGGGUAGUUAUAUUAUAUAAAGAAAUAUAUAGUAUCUUUACACUGUUAUAAUUUUUGAAUAAUAAUUAGAAAUUUAAAAUUUUAAUUUCAAAUAUUUUGAUAAUGAAAAAAAUUAGAAUAUAUAUUUAGAAGAUAUGUGAAAUUUAAAAUAGUUCAAAAACAUAAACCUUAGUCAUUAAAAAUCUUUCUCUUACAGAAAAUAAUACUAUAAUUAAUUUAGAUAAUUGCUUGUAGAAUUACUUUAUAUUUUAGUUUAACACAUGAAACACCGAAAAAUACUCUAGCUCUCAAGAGGAAAAAAAAGAGUGUGUAUUUUUUUGUGUAAGUCCAAUAUGACAAUACAUUGAUCGGAUGCUUUUAUAUGAAAUAUAUUUUGUAAACGGUUUUGUGUGGGCUUUAAAAACAUAAAAGUUAUUAUAAUUCCUUACCUACAAAUAUAAUUUUUUAUAUAAUAAUAUAUAACCAUUAAAUUUAUUUCUUUAAAAAUGCUAAAGUAUUUUAUUUAAUUAUAUAUAACUAUUUGAUAAAAAUAAAGAAAUUGAUAAAGCAUAUAUAUUCUUGAGUAUUUAGGCUGUAUAUACACACAAAAACUCAAUAUUAGCUAACUACCCUAACACUAUUCUGGACACUAUUGACAUUUUUAUAAUCCUAUACUACCCCUGCCUAAAUAAUCACUUUUCUUCUCUCUUUCUCUUUUGUCUCCAUAGCUUCUCAUGCCCAAAUCAUCUUCUUCUUUCUCUC